UAUAAUCAAUGGUACAGCAAUACAUACAUAUACAAUGGUACAGCGUAGCGUACUCUGUGGUCACAGUAUUAAACAAGUGCAAUAUAUUCUGGAACAUCUUGUAUUACAAACUGUAUUGUAGUUAUAAAUUCAAUGGCCGCAUGUUGGCAGCAAUACUUUUUAAAUUUUUUAAAUUUAACCUGAAAAGAAGACCGUUAAAAUUGAUAUGCCGAAAGUUGCAACAAAAAAAUAGAUAUCAUAAAUAAACCACGUUUUCGAGAUACGUAGCUUAAAUUAGGAUGGAACAUGCAAUAUUGUUUAACAAAUCAUAUCAAGAACGUCUUCAAGAAUUUACGGAUGUAUUGGGUGGUUGCAAUAUCUUACCAGCUUCCCAAAUAUUUAAAGAAUGGUGUGUUUAUUUGCAAUUGUCAGUAGAUGUCUGUGGAUGGCAAGCAAUUUGGAAAAUACCUCGUCUUACAUGCGAAGAAUUUAAAAUUGAAUUUCCUACUAUCGCUUUAGUUUAUGUUGACGAUGUGGUAUACGAAGAAUUACAUGCUAAUGUGCGAAUUAUAACAUUGCAGGAUGAGAUUGACCUGCCAAAGGUGCACUGCGUUCCUCUAAUACAAUUAUGGCCCACACAAAAACAAGAUAAAUCGGUAUGUUUAAAUUUAACGUUGACCGCUAAUAGCAUUGAAAUGUUGAGAAUUUUUUAUACUAACCUUUUCCUGCCUUGGGAUAUUGAAGAAGAUUGUCGGAAUUGGUUUGAUAAACACCUAUCAUCUCGAUUGCAUUUAUUUUACGACCUACGAAAUGGUACCAUACCUGCUCCAACUGCCGAGAUCAUUAAAGGUCUACUAACCGAAGCUCGUCACUUAGAAAUUCGCCAGAAUUGUUUAUUACAAAAUAUCGACGAUGACAUACCUGAGCAAUCUAAACAAGCCGAAAAUUUACUAAUCAUACGUGCUCGUAUGAUGGAGAUUCGAAAUGAAGUAGAAAUGCUAGAAAAUCCCUUACUUAGAAAUGUUUUACUUGAAAAUAAACCCGAUCCACCAUCUCAAUCUGAUGAACGACAAUACUGGGCAGUUUUCGAAGAAGGAAAAAAUGACGAUUUUUUGUCCUUUCUUCAUCAGAUAAAAGCAGAUACUAACGAUAUAAUAUGCCAAUCAAAUUUAUCAUUAGUGUUAGAGGCUGCUUGCACAAAUGAUGUAAUUUUUUUAAGUCCCGGUAAGCACAUUUUUAGCAGUCUCUGCGCCUUAGGUGAGGGAGGAGUGAUAAAAGGAAUAAAUUCAGUAGGUAAUACCACACUUUCUUCAAUAAACGAAGAUAUUAUGUUAGACUGUUGUGGUGAUACACUCUUUGAAAAUAUAACUAUAAACGUAGGUUCAGCUCAGUGUGGUAUUCUUGUAAGAUCUGGUUGUGUCACUUUAAGAAAUUGUACAAUUAUGGGAGAUUUUAAAUCAUCUACUCGCCAAGGAAUUAUAGUGCUAGCAGACGGGAAGUUGAAUGUUGAAAAGUGCAAUAUUACAGGAUUUUAUUCCGCAAUAAUAGUCAACUCAAGAGCAACAUUUUCUAUAAUCGAUUCGGUUAUUUCAGGAGUGAGUGUGGGUGUAAAACUUUACGAUGACAGCAACAUAGUAAUACGAAAUGUAAGAUUUGAGGAUUGUCGUGAUUAUGGAAUUUACAAGGAGACAGACAAUUUAUUAUUAUGUUGUGCUGGAGAAUUUGACGUCUUAUCAAAAUUUGCUGGUAUCGUCAUGGAGGACGUAGUUAGUGACAGGAUUGGCAAAUGUCCCGCAAAAAUUCAUCAGAAGCGUGAAAUAGAACCGAUAAGUGAUUUGCUUUCCAAUGUCCACCUAAAUCCGGUGUAUAUGCAACAUACUUGUGCAGACAGCGAGAAUGAAGAUGUUAAUGUAAUAAUGUGUGAUUCAAAUUAAUUACAGUUCAGCAUUUUGCAAGAUGCAUUUCAUUAUAGGUAUUUACCUAUAUUUGACGGGAAAGUUCUUU